CACAGAAGUGGGUUUCAGGUGUGGCUGAUCUCUUCACUCUGAGCAGACACUGAAAGAGAAACCCUUUCUCUGAUAUUAUACAUGUGGAGGAAGAGUAGGCCAUUUGGCUGAAAGGACUGUCAUUGGCCAGAUCAGAAAUAAAUUCAAAGUUCCUUCCUGGUACUCCUCAGUUUCUUGAAGAUCAGCUGGCCUGUAGGAGAUGUGGCGAAGACAGCAGGUCCCACCAGCAAAGAGGAGCAUCCAGCAAACAUUCCAAGCCCAGCUCAUGCCCUGGAAGAAUAUGGCUCAAGGGAAGGAAGUGAAGCCAGUGGAACCAGACCGGGAAUUCUCAGAGGCUGAGAAUGGUGUGGAGGAGAAAAAGAAAGUCUGCAAGUCGCCAACAGCCCAGUCUCCCACCCCGUCCAGUGAGGCCGAGUCGCCGGACCAGAAGAGAGUCAUUUCCCUGUGGUCAAAAUCCAGUUUUGAUGGUGCCUCCUUAACUAGCAGUAAGAAUGACUGUAAAACAGAAAGCAAAAUUGAAAGGAAAAAGUCUUCCUCUUCCAGCCAGUACAAGGCAAAUAUGCACUUUCACAAGUUGUUUCUUGAUGUCCCAACUGAAGAACCACUGAGGCAAAGCUUUACCUGUGCUCUACAGAAAGAAAUACUAUACCAAGGAAAGCUCUUUGUAUCAGAAAACUGGAUUUGUUUUUACUCGAAAGUCUUUGGAAAAGACACUAAAAUCUCCAUUCCGGCUUUCUCAGUAACCCUAAUAAAGAAAACCAAAACUGCCCUUCUGGUGCCAAAUGCCCUGAUUAUUGCAACAGUCACAGGCAGGUACAUAUUUGUCUCCUUACUCUGCAGAGAUUCAACUUACAAACUACUAAAGUCUGUGUGUGGACACUUAGAUAAUACAAGUGUUGGUAGCAGCCCCAAUCCGGCUUCUCCUGAGAACAGUUUCCAGGCAGAACGCCCUUCAUCUCUGCCUCUGGAUUUCAAUGAUGAAUUCUCAGAUCUGGAUGGAGUGGUUCAACAAAGAAGGCAAGAAGACCUGGAAGGAUACAGUAGUUCUGGCUCUCAGACUCCUGAAUCUGAGAACUCUCGAGAUUUCCAUGUGACAGAGUCCCAGACAGUUCUGAAUGUCUCCAAAGGAGAAGCAAAACCAACUCGGGUAGAUGCCCAUGUGAACAGAGUAACUGAAGGAAAAGCCAAGGGUCUUCCUGCACAUGGUCAGCCAGAAACCAUUGGAAUAUUACACAAAGUAAGGUCUCAGAAAUGUCUGACUCUCCACCACAUUCUUAUAGUUUAUGCAAUUGUUGUCUGUGCACUAAUCAUCUCGACCUUCUACAUGAGAUACAGAAUUAAUGUUCUGGAGGAGCACCUGGGGUCCCUCACCUCCAUUGUGGACACCCGUAAUACUGAACAGACAGCACCGUCCGGCUUGGGAUCACAAGUACAAUUAAACGUGGAGGUCCUUUGCCAAGAGCUUACAGCUAACAUAAUGAAAUUGGAAAAGAUACAAAACAACUUACAAAAGCUGCUUGAGAAUGGGGACUGA